AUGGACGUGAACGUGGACCUGGACGGGGACGUGGACGUGGACGUGGACGUGGAUGUGGACGUGGACGUGGACGUGGAGGACGUGGACGUGGACGUGGAGAACUUGGACGUGGACAUGGACGUGAACGUUGACGUGGACGUGGAGGACUUGGACAUGGACAUGGACGUGGACGUGGACGUGGACAUGGACGUGGACGUGGACGUGGACGUGGACCUGGACGUGGACAUGGACGUGGACGUGGACGUGGACGUGGACGUGGACGUGGACCUGGACAUGGACGUGGACGUGGACGUGGACGUGGACAUGGACGUGGACGUGGACAUGGUCGUGGACGUGGACGUGGACGUGGACGUGGACGUGGACGAGGACGUGGACGUGGACGUGGACGUGGAGAACUUGGACGUGGACAUGGACGUGAACGUGGACCUGGACGUGGACGUGGACCUGGACGUGGACGUGGACGUGGACGCGGACGUGGACGUGGACGCGGACGUGGAGGCGGAAGCGGACGUGGACGCGGACGUGGAGGCGGACGUGGAGGUGGACGUGGACGUGGACGUGGACGUAGACAUGGACGUGGAUGUGGACGUGGACGUGGACGUGGACGUGGACGUGGAGGUGGACCUGGAGGUGGACGUGGAGGUGGACGUGGACGUGGACGUGGACAUGGACGUGGACAUGGACGUGGACGUGGACGUGGACAUGGACGUGGACAUGGACGUGGACGUGGACGUGGACGUGGACAACUUGGACGUGGACAUGGACGUGAACGUGGACGUGGACGUGGACGUGGAGGACUUGGACGUGGACAUGGACGUGGACGUGGACGUGGACAUGGACGUGGACGUGGACGUGGACGUGGACGUGGACAUGGACGUGGACGUGGACGUGGACGUGGACAUGGACCUGGACGUGGACAUGGUCGUAGACGUGGACGUGGACGUGGACGUGGACGUGGACAUGGACGUGGACGUGAACAAGACGUGGACACGUGGACGUGAACGUGGACGUGAACAAGACGUGGACGUGGACAUGGACGUGGACGAGGACAUGGACGUGGACGUGGACGUGGAGAACUUGGACGUGGACGUGGACGUGAACGUGGACGUGGACGUGGACAUGGACGUGGACGUGGACGUGGACGUGGACGUGGACGUGGACGUGGACGUGGAGGUGGACGUGGCGUGGACGUGGACGUGGAGGUGGACGUGGAGUGGACGUGGACGUGGACGUGGACGUGGACGUGGACGUGGACGUGGACGUGGACAUGGACGUAGACGUGGACGCGGACGUGGACGUGGACGUGGACGUAGACGUAGACGUGGACGUGGACGUGGACAUGGACGUGGACGUGGACGUGGACGUGGAGGACGUGGACGUGGACGUGGACGUAGACGUGGACGUGGAGAACUUGGACGUGGACAUGGACGUGAACGUGGACGUGGACGUGGACGUGGAGGACUUGGACGUGGACAUGGACGUGGACGUGGAGUGGACGUGGACGUGGACGUGGACGUUGACGUGGACGUGGACGUGGACAUGGACGUGGACGUUGACGUGACGUGGACGUGGACGUGGACGUGGACAUGGACAUGGACGUGGACGUGGACGUGGACGUGGACAUGGAGGUGGACGUGGACGUGGACGUGGACAUGGACGUGGACAUGGACGUGGACGUGGACGUGGACAUGGACGUGGAUAUGGACGUGGACGUGGACGUGGAGUGGACGUGGAGUGAACGUGGACGUGGACAUGGACGUGGACGUGGACGUGGACGUGGACGUGGACGUGGAGGACGUGGACGUGGACGUGGACGUGGACGUGGAGAACUUGGACGUAGACUUGGACGUGAACGUGGACGUGGACGUGGACGUGGAGGACUUGGACGUGGACAUGGACGUGGACGUGGACGUGGACAUGGACGUGGACGUGGACGUGGACGUGGACGUGGACGUGGACGUGGACGUGGACGUGGACAUGGACGUGGACGUGGACAUGGACGUGGACGUGGACGUGGACGUGGACGUGGACGUGGACGUGGACAUGGGCGUGGACAUGGACGUGGACGUGGACGUGGACGUGGACGACGUGGACGUGGACGUGGACGUGGACGUGGAGAACUUGGACGUGGACAAGGACGUGAACGUGGACGUGGACGUGAACGUGGAGGACUUGGACGUGGACAUGGACGUGGACGUGGACGUGGACAUGGACGUGGACGUGGACGUGGACGUGGACGUGGACGUGGACAUGGACGUGGACAUGGACGUGGACGUGGACAUGGACGUGGACGCGGACAUGGUCGUGGACGUGGACGUGGACGUGGACGUGGACAUGGACGUGGACGUGGACAAGACGUGGACGUGA